AUGGCCGAAACCCAGACUCCUACCUUCAAGCUCGUCCUUGUCGGCGAUGGCGGUACCGGAAAGACCACCUUCGUCAAGCGUCACUUGACUGGUGAGUUCGAGAAGAAGUACAUGGCCACUCUUGGUGUCGAAGUCCAUCCUCUUGGUUUCAGCACGAACUUUGGUCAGAUUCAGUUCGAUGUUUGGGAUACCGCCGGCCAGGAGAAGUUCGGUGGUCUCCGUGAUGGUUACUACAUUAACGGCCAGUGCGGUAUCAUCAUGUUCGAUGUCACCUCCCGUAUUACCUACAAGAACGUCCCCAACUGGCACCGUGACCUCGUCCGUGUUUGCGAGAACAUCCCCAUCGUUCUCUGCGGCAACAAGGUCGACGUGAAGGAGCGCAAGGUCAAGGCCAAGACCAUUACCUUCCACCGCAAGAAGAACCUCCAGUACUAUGAUAUCUCUGCCAAGUCCAACUACAACUUCGAGAAGCCUUUCCUCUGGCUUGCACGCAAGCUUGUCGGCAACCCCGCUUUGGAAUUCGUUGCUGCACCGGCUCUCGCUCCCCCCACCGCUCAGGUCGACGAGAAGCUCCUCGAGCAGUACCGCCAGGAGAUGGCUGAGGCUUCCAACAUGCCUUUGCCCGGUGAACUUUCGGACGAUGACUUGUAA